UUUUAAAUCGCAAAAUGCCAGAGGAAGAUUUCUACUUGAGAUACUAUGUUGGCCACGAGGGUAAAUUUGGCCACGAAUUUCUGGAGUUUGAACUGGAUUCUAAUGGAAGAUUGAGAUACGCGAAUAAUUCAAACUAUAAACGAGACACAAUGAUUAAAAAAGAAGUGUACUUGUUGAAUGAAGUUGUGGAGGAGUUCAAGCGUAUUAUAGUGGAAUCUGGUAUAGUACAUGAGGAUGAUAACGAGUGGCCGCAUCCUGACCGAAUUGGUAAACAGGAACUUGAGAUUAAGUUGAAUGGGAAUUAUUACACCUUCACAACCUCUAAAAUCGGCUCUUUGCAGGAAAUUCAAUCCUCAAAAGACCCUCACGGACUUCGCAUUUUCUAUUACCUAAUUCAGGAUCUCAAAUGCUUUGUAUUUUCAAUGAUUUCGCUACACUUCAGGAUUAAACCUGUUUGAUCAUAUUAUUUAAUAUUAAAAGUUUUUAAAUGUCUUCAACUCCUUCCAAAUCACUAUCAACCUCACUACUAUCAAAUGCGUCAUCGGUAUCAACUUCACUGCCGUCAUCUGUGUUAUCCGUAUCAUCAUAGUCACCGAUAUCAUCGGUAUCACUACUAUGGUCGCCAUCAACUUCACUGCUAUCAACCGUGUUAUCGGCGUCGCCAGCGCUACCUUUUUUAACGGAUUUGAAAUCGGAAUGAUUGAAUUUUGUCAUGAUGGAAUCAUUUCUGAGCAGAAUGGAGGAUUGUUUCUGGUUGGAAUAUAGUUGAAAUACAAGCUUGUGAGUGGGGACAUGGAUGAUUUUAGUAAAGCGGUCCAUGCCAGCAGUGAUUAAAUAAUCGCCAGAACACUUUAAAUCCACAACUGACCCGUUGUGGUAAUUGUAACAACUUAAUAUCCUACACACCA